UCCCAAACCAAUAACACCCUAAAACAAAAAGGCAAAAGGUGGAGUUGAAACCUAUUUGACUUGCCGAAGAUUAAUAUACUUUCUUGCGAACUACGGUUAGUGUAGUGUUUCAGUUACAAGAUAAGAACAAAUGAGCCGAAAAAGCCUCAAAUAACAAUCAGCAGAUAUUCUUAUAUAUUUAAAAAGCCUCCAAAUCAAAGGAGCAAACAACCUUGCGCCUUCUUUCUCUCUCCUUCUCUAUCACUUAUUGUUAAUCAGAAUCUCUCUUCCCUUCUCCAAGAAAAGAUCGCAGAGAAUGGAAGAUCUUCCUCUUCCCGGCGGCUGUAAAAACAUGGAGGAGUUCUCCGCAUACAUUCAUCGCAGAAUCAACGAAUGCAUGAGAGACUAUAAGAGCAAGGAAGAAACUAUACAACAUCUAAUGGAUCAGUUUCAAAUCCCACAUGUCAUGACCAGCAUAGUUUGGGAUCUUCUUGAAGCAAAGUAUCCAGAGAAUUUCAGAUCCCACUAUGAAUCUUGCGAGACUUAUCAGAAGAUCCUUGAAGCUUCAAGAAUCCAGAGCUACCAACUUAUACCGAGGUUUUUCAGGGAUAGAAGAGAGAUAGAUCAACAACGUCGCUCUAAUAUCCAGAGAAAUGAUGAUGAUGCAACAUCACAAGCACCUCAGUGUUCUAAUGGUGGUGAUGCCUUAGUCCCUAGAGGUUUUAAGAGCGUGCAGGAGUUCUCAUAUUACGUUCAUGGAAGGAUCAUGAAGUGUAUGCGUAAUUACAAGAGCAAGGAAGAAACUGUAAAACAUCUAUUGGAUCAGUAUCGGAUCGCACCUGAAUCGACCAACGCAGUUUGGGAUCGUCUUGAACAAGGUUAUCAAGAUAACUUCAGAUCGUACUACGAAGCUUGCGAGAAGAAUCGGAAGUUACGUGAACAAGAAGCACCAAAAGAAACGGCUAAUGCUCAGAUCACAGCAGAAACUAGAUCUUGUAAGUCUUCUAAGAGAGAGAGAGGUAAACAGAAGAAGGCAGCUUCGACAUCAGUGGCCAGUAAGACACUCAUACUGAGGAGCUUAAAUGAUAUAAAUGUGAAAAAGCGAGAGCAACAAUUAAAGGAGACUGGUCCUGCAUCACGAGUCUCUCGUUUGGGACCAGAUGCUAAUGGAGCGAUGCACAUGAAUUUGGAGGACCUUCUUCUUAUGCUGAAUCGCUCAAGAGACGGUGCAUAGAUAAGGAGCAAGUGAGAGGUGACAACGAAGAAGCAUGAUCAGAAUCAAUAACGGCUAGAAAACAUAUUAGAUGA